AUGAACCCACUCCAAGACGCGGGUGUCUCACCGCACAUUAUUGCACUGUUAGACCGUCUCCAUAAGCUGUCUCUCGACCAGGAGGCCAACCUCGAAAUCACCGCCCUUCCCCACGAUGCAGUCCAUGCAGCAGCUCGCGACGCCUUUAUCGCGCUUGAUCAGGGAAAAUGCUAUUUCGUUUACCAGUUGGCCCGAGCAACAAAUGCGAAAACUAUAGUUGAAGCAGGUACCAGCUUCGGUGUUAGUACCAUCUACCUCAGCCUGGCAGCAAACGCCAACGUCGAAUCCUCCGGUGGACAAUGCGCCGUCAUAGCCACGGAGCACGAACCAUCCAAAGCAGCCCAAGCUCGCAAGUACUGGAAUGAAGUAGGGAACAGUAUCACUAGCAAUAUCGACCUCCGCAUCGGCGAUCUGCUUCAAACUUUGAAAGAAGAUGUUCCUCAAGUCGACCUGGUUCUCAUUGACAUUUGGGCCCCUAUGACCUUGCCAACACUCAAGCUCUUACAGCCACGUCUGCGCCAUGGAGCAGUUAUUAUUAUCGACAACACAAUCAGCUCGGCAUCGCGGUAUAAGGAUUUGCUGCAGUAUCUACGCGCCGAUGGCAGCGGUUUCCUAAACCUCACAGUACCAUAUUCUAAAGGCCUAGAAAUGUGUAUAUACUCCCCAUAA